AAAACCCACCAUGGUCUCCUAAAAUCAUUUAUAUGGAUUGUUACGGUACAUAAAAAAAAGCAUGGUUAAGCUAUUAAUGAAAGCGGCCUACAGCAGCAGCGAUAACCGGAUACGCCCGUUCCCCGCAACAUGGGCCCGUUUGGUUCGGGUAUAAAUCACAGCGAAAAUAUAAUAAAAAUGUAGGCUAAAUUACUCUUACAACAGAACGUCAGCUUCGUUUCGAGGAAACGGCUAAUUAGGCGAAGAGUAGGGAAAAAAACUCAAAUCUGUCAAUAAAUACAAGACGACAUUAAUGAAUUUAAGAAGUUAUAUUUAUUGCAUAUUAAAAAUAUUUAACAUCUCUUUGUAUAUAUACUUACCAUAUUGUUAAAUACGUUACAAUCCAUCUUUAUCUAAAUAAGAAAAAAAAGCUAAAGUGAAAUGUUACAAAAAAAAGAAUUGUCCACGGUGAGAAAUGCAUUUGCGCGCCGUCGCCUGGAUCUGUGGAGUGCUUCCUCAGAUUUAAUAUGGAAUAUUAGAUUGACGUUUUAAAUAAAAAAGGAAUAUUAGAUGGAAUUUACACACGUUACGGUCAUUAAAAACCUUUUGUAGGCUAAUUUAGAUUUCAGACGUCUCCUAGUCUUCACAAAAAUGACAUUAAAAUAUACAAAGUAGGCUAUCACACAUAAAAGAGUGCCUCAAGAAUGAACUAAAAAGCUAGCAUAGGUUAUAUGAUUAAUGGCGACGCUGAAUGUCGAAAUUUGUCGAGGAUCCACUCCAGCUGUCCAGAGCACAAGUGAAGCUUUACGCACACGUCUGCAUGUCGGGUAACACACAAAAAGACUGACUCAGAAGAUGAUAACACUGGUGUCGACUGAGAUCUCUGCCCUUCUAUCCUCGCGUUACAAACAGCUUGCGUUCGCAGGUUAGGAAGAUCAAGAGGAUUUUCCUAAUUAAACACACGAGUGCCAUAAAACGGCCUCAUGACCCACUUCAGCCUUGUGCGGCAGCACGCGAUGUGGUCACGUCUUCAGUCCUUUUUUCUGCAAUAUUCGGAGAUCAGUCCUACUUUAGACUAUGGCAGAGAGACAAACUCGUAUUGAUGUGCAUGCAAUAACAAGCGUGAAUCCUAAAAGCGAGAGCCAGAUGGCGCGUUUCCUUGCGCAAUAGCUACCAUUCUCUGGCUGAUGGAUUGAAACCGGCGUCGCACACACGAAGGGGAAAGUGAAAAAACCCCUACAAAAUACAAUGCUUGGGUUAUAAAUAUGCCCGUUCUCUACACAUUUUAGUGUUGUGGAAUAAGCGACAUAUACACAAUUACAAAGCCAUAAAUUGUGCAAAAACACGACAAUCUGCAUACCACAUACCGGUAUGUGUUGCAACAGUGUGAUAUAUUCAGCAGAAGAUCUGAGAACCCUAAGUAGUGCGCAAUCCUGCAUGCAUCACGUCAAAUGAUCCUCUGAAUGGCUGGCGAAUAAACUGCACCGAAUGUUCUCGAAAGGGGGACGAGAGAGAGCACAGAGGAGGACUGGAUAUUCCCUUUGUACUUGCUGAUUGAAAUGCCACACAGUGUUUGAGUCUUUCUCCGACCUUAAAUGGUUAGGUGGGUGCAGCAUAUCUCAGACCCGUGGCAAGCGUCCAAACUCUCAGAUUACUGCUGGGUGUUUUUGUGCCACAGGCGUUUCCAGCGCUUUGCGCAGCAGCGGCGUCGAGGGCGCGUUUUACGCACGAGAUAUUACUGCGAGUUUAGUGCAAUAUCCUCGCUUUACAAACGGCGAGCCCCUCUGACCACAUCUAGUCAGUUAGUGUUUGCAAUGAUUGCCACGUACACAGGCAGAAUCAGUUGAAAGAGCGACCGACAGCCUCGCCCAUAAAUGGCGCGGGCGGCAGCCUUUCUUCUCCACAAUGAUGUCCUUGUGAAGACGCCAUGUUGAAAAUGAGAACAACAGAGAAGCCAUUAAACAACAGGCUCUUUCUGAGGUCGCUUUGGACAUGGGUCAGCAAUGAGAGGCGUUGCAACCCAACCCCCUCUUUAAAGCCAGUGUUAAAGGAUCCGAAGAUGGGAAUGAAAACGUCCCUGUUUCUUCAUCGUUUAGGCCUGAUAGAAUUAUUUCAACAAAAUGUUAAGGUUUGGCGAACGGAAUGGAGAACAGCCAUCCUAUCUGCAGUUCGGGAGAGAAACGAAGUCAACAUUGGAGAAGUUACAAGUUGAUUAUUGACCCAGCGUUGAAAAAUGGAUCGCACAAAGUGUAUCGCUACGAUGGACAGAACUUCAGCGUGCCGAACCCCGGAAUGCCACCCGUGGACAUCGUCCGAGACCCGAGAAUCGGUCGUCUGUGGACUAAGUACAAGGAGACGGAUCUCCCGGUUCCUAAAUUUAAGAUCGAUGAGUGUUACAUCGGUCGCGUGCCCCCGAAGGAGGUCACGUUCGCCAAGCUCAACGACAACGUCAGAGAGGGAUUCCUCACCGACAUGUGCAAGAAGUUCGGCGAAAUCGAGGAGGUGGAAAUACUGUACAAUCCGAAGAACAAAAAACAUCUCGGAAUUGCUAAAGUUGUAUUCGGGGCCGUCAAGGCGGCGAAGGACGCUGUCCAGAACUUGAACAACACGUCUGUCAUGGGCAACAUCAUCCACGUGGAGUUGGACCCUAAAGGUGAAAAUCGCCUAAGGUACUUCCAGCGUCUGAUCAAUGGAAGUUAUACUCCGCUCACUCUUCCAGUUGGUGGUGAAGAGGCCUGUGAAGUUUCUCCAUGCAGCUUGGCUGAAGCCCUGCUGCCCUUGCAAAGACUGUCCGAAGGCAGUUCUUCUGCAGUCGGAGGCACGGCCACACCGGGCGGCACCAACACGCCCAUGUCCCUGGAUACGGCCUACUCCAGCCUAAGGCAGGAUACGCCCCAGUCCCAGGGUACCCCGCACACCCCGCGCCCAUCAGGCACCCCGUUCUCUCAGGACUCCAGCUACUCCAGCAGGCAAGGCACUCCGGCGUUCCAGUCGAACCGUGCUGAAUCCUCAGGAGGCUACAAGUCGAGACGGCAUGAAACCAAAUUCCAGGAUGCCUACAACCGAAGACCGGAGAGGCAUUAUGUCCACGGCACAGGAGGAGGGGUGCAUCGUGGUAACGCAGAGCAACCGCCCAGUUUUAAGCAACAUCAGCCCCCGGAGCCGCCGUCACCUGCUUUUGCGCACACGCCUCCACCACCAGCCAGUGCGAAUUUCAAGAAUGCUUUCUCUCCUUAUCAACCUCCAAUUCCCCCAGUGUACCCUCACACAGAGCCCUCCUUCCACCAGCCUGUACAACGGGAAGUGGAUUAUAGGAGACCGCCUCAAGCCCCACCUCCACCGAGUACAGAGUUCAUGCCCGUGAUAGACAGGCCUGCAACGCCACCAAUCCCCGAGCCGCCGCCCCCCGCACCAGAAACCCAACCAGCCACACCUCCCCCCUCCACACCGGAGCUCUGCCCAUCGCUGGGCACCCCGACUCAGGACUCCGAGCGCAACAGCUUGGACUCGCGCAUAGAAAUGCUUCUGAAGCCCUUCCUGACUGAACGCGGAGACUCGGAUGCUGAGGUGCGCAUGGACGGGAGUCCGAUUUCUUCAUCGUCCUCUCAGCUCUCCCCCAUUCCGCCCCAGCGGUCCUCGCGCCCUUCAAGCACCGGCCUGGAGGACAUCAGCCCAACGCCACUUCCCGAUUCGGAUGAUGACGAACCUAUUCUUGGUACUGCUUCCCAGUUAGCAAACUCUAGGGCCACGUCGCCCUCCAUGCACAAUAAAAGCGGGGCAGGAGAACCACGGCCGCCCAUUGACAAAAUGGACACGGGCCAUCAGUCAUCAGGUGAAGACAUGGAGAUUUCCGAUGAUGAGAUGCCUGGCACACCGAUUGCUAGUGGGGAUUGUGAAAGCAUUGUGGUCAACUCUGCGAUGUCUCCAAUGCAGACCAUCCCCAUGCACCCGCCAGGGUUUCCCCCACUGCCUCCUCCACAGGCUGGCUUCCCCCUGCCGCUGCCUCCUCUUCCAACCGUACCGCACCUGGCUGGCCCACCUGGCGUGGCCCCCCAUCCGAUGCUACACGCGUUGCACCCUUAUCCCCCUGGAAUGAUGCCCAUUAUGCAGAUGGACCUGAUGAGCUCCUUACCACAGUGGGGAAGCGUUCACAUGUCCUUCCAGAUGCAGACUCAGAUGUUAAGUCGUAUGGCGCAGAGCCAGCAGCCGUACCCUUACCCUCACUUCAUCAGCGGGGCUGCUGCAAGCGCCAGCGCUGCUGCCGCCGCUGCUGCCAUGCAGUUUGGGGGCCCGUAUCCGCCUUUGUCUAUGGUUGGUGCGCCUGCAAGCACUGUGGGUCAGGGGCAGCCCUGGCACCUACCCAACAUGCCCAAGUUCAACCCUGCUGUUCCCCCUCCAGGCUAUGAGCCCCAAAAGGAGGACCCACACAAAGCCACUGUGGAUGCAGUGCUUACGCUUAUUGUCAAGGAACUGAAGUCCAUUAUGAAAAGAGAUCUCAAUCGCAAGAUGGUGGAGGUGGUGGCCUUCAGGGCAUUUGAUGAGUGGUGGGACAAACAGGAGCGUUCGGCUAAGGCUACACUUACACCUGUGAAGACGGGUGAGGGCAAAGAUGAGGAAAAAGAACGGGCCAAACCCAAAGAGACCAUAUCCUCUAGCUUACUGGAAAACUGGAACAAGGUUGAAGGUCUGGGAUUUGAGGGAAUAGGUCUCAGCAUAGGCCUGCGCGGUGCCAUCCGGUUACCAUCCUUCAAGGUUAAGAGGAAACAGCCCCCUGAGCCAACAUCUACCAAUGACAAUAAGAGGGUGCGACCAUCCACACCUGUCGAUGAUGAGCUGGAAGAUGAAGAAUCAGAAAGAACAGAUCUUCGCACAGACGGAUCCAGAACGGAUGGCGGUGGUUCUUCUGCCAAGCGAAGGCCAGCCAGACCCCUGGAGCUGGACAGCGAAGGCGAGGAGGAGGAGGAAACUUCUGGCAAAGAGGAGUCAUCACCUUCAGAUCAUGAAGAGGAGCCAGUGGAAGAUGCCUCUGAGAGGUUGUCCUCUGGCACGGUUAUGGGGGAUGAGGAAGAUGAUGAAAAGAAGAGCGAAUCAGACUCCAGCGAGAGUGAAUCAUCUGACUCAUCAGAUGAUGAAUCUUCUAGCUUAUCCUCCUCCUCCAAAUCUGAUUCUGAUUCCUCUGGGAGCGAGAGCUCGUCCGACUACGAAUCGAGUUCAGGGGAGGAAGAGGAGGAAGAAGAAGAACAGGUAGAAGGUAUGGAGGAUGAAGAUGAAGCCGAUGCACAAACCUCAUCGUCGUCCUCAUCUUCCACAUCCUCAUCUUCUGAAGAGGAGGAUGUUGACGUAAAAGCUCCCAGUACCCCCACAGGACCACCACCAGGAGAGGAACCAAAUGAGUUGGGCAGGCUGGAAGCAUUAGAUGAGGCAGAGAUCGAUCACAAACAUACUGCGGUGAGCUCAAUCAAGGCUGGAGUUGAAGACGUGUGGCCCCCAUCACCCAAAAGAUUGCCAGCUGAUGAACCCGACAUUGAUUUGGCCGUCAGUGUUCCAGUGUCCAAAGCUGAAGCCACCCUGGAGGAUGUCGGUAGCUUGCGGCCACCCACUCCAACAGGUUCGUUUGCAGACAGUGAUCAGGACACCCGACCAAAGAUCCCUGCAGAAGACUUUCCCCGAACCCCUGGUCGUGAUGGCCCAGUUUCCUUAGAAUCAGAAGCCGCAAUCCCUCGUUCUCUUCCUACGCCCUCAAUGCACCUUCCAUUUCCCCCCAAUCAUGCCCUUGAAGCUCGAUCCCUUCUGCCACCUCCUGAAGCUUUGCCGGAUAUGCCUGUCCGUGGGCGGUUGCCUACGGAAGAGGACAUCCCACGCACACCAGGGAGAGAUCUUAUGGACAGACCCCGGGGUUUGGGCAAGUCUCAGAGCACUGAUGCAUUUCCUGUCACACCAGGAAGCGACACACCACUAACAGGUAACAGCUUGAGCUCGCCGCAUAUUCCCGGCAGCCCUUUCUCUUAUCCUGCUCAAUCCCCUGUCCUCAGCGCUGGUAUCCCUCGAACUCCGGGUAGAGAUCUUACUUUCACCCCAGCUUUCCCUGACUCUGCUGCUUUAUCUGCAGGCCUUCCCAUUCACAGGAAGGCCUCGUCGGAGAGCUUGGAGGAGAAGUCUCUCUUUAAAGAGCCUCUACUCAGCGCCUCUCCUCAUGCCAGCCUACCUAACAAUGCCAUUUCUUCCCCAUUCCCUGGUCCUCCCCUUCCUGCUGCUUCACUUCAGGAGCCACCUCUGCCUCCCCAAGGCUCCUCUCCCACUUCUGUAGAGACUUCCUCUUCUGCUGCUCCAAAAGACCUACCUGUUCCAAUGAUAGAUGUUCCUGUGCCCUUAGAUGCUACUUCAAGUAAAAGGAAACCGGGGCGCCCCAAGUCUAAAAAGGUACCUGUGGCCACCCCUCCAGAUUCUGAAGAGCCUCCAGCUCCAAUGGUGGACUCUUUACCUCCAGAUCUACCGGUAAACGACCUGUACCCAGACCAACCUUCAGAGACCUUCAAAGGAGAAGAUGGUGACUCCACAGUCUUGGAGGAAGAGGAAAACCGAACCCAGACAGUCAUACCUGAGGUGGAAGACAGGUUGCUUUACGUCGAGGAACCUAUUCAGAAGACGCGCCGACAGAGACGGGGCUGGCAAGAGUUGUUGUUAUCCAUGCACUCCCCUGCGAUAUCACCGCCCCGCCCCAGCUUCCUACCCCGCUCAGAAUUUGAGGAGAUGACCAUCUUAUAUGACAUCUGGAAUGACGGCAUUGAUGAGGAGGACAUCUGCUACCUUAAGAUAACUUAUGACAAGAUGCUGCAGCAGGACAAUGGCAACGACUGGCUCAAUGACACCCUCUGGGUCCACCAUCCUCCUACCAACAUGGACAGCACAUCAGGGCUGAAGAAGAAGCGGAAAGAGGAUGGUAUACGCGACCAUGUCACCGGCUGUGCCCGCAGCGAGGGCUACUACAAAAUCGACAAGAAAGACAAAAUGAAGUACUUGAACAGCUCACGCCUGCAGUCCGAAGAGCCUGAUGUGGACACUCAGGGGAAGAGUAUUCCAGCACAGCCCCAAGCGUCCACUAGGGCAGGUUCAGAGCGGCGGUCUGAACAGCGCCGCCUGCUGUCAUCCUUCAGCUGCGACAGUGACCUCCUCAAGUUCAACCAGCUCAAGUUCCGUAAAAAGAAAAUCCGGUUCUGUAAAAGUCACAUUCAUGACUGGGGAUUGUUCGCCAUGGAACCUAUUGCUGCCGAUGAGAUGGUUAUAGAAUACGUUGGCCAGAAUAUACGACAGGUUAUCGCAGACAUGCGAGAGAAGCGCUAUGAGGAUAAGGGCAUCGGCAGUAGCUACAUGUUCCGUGUGGAUCACGAUACCAUUAUAGAUGCAACCAAAUGUGGCAACUUCGCCCGCUUCAUCAAUCACAGUUGCAAUCCAAACUGUUAUGCCAAGGUCAUCACUGUGGAGUCACAGAAAAAGAUCGUCAUCUACUCCCGGCAGCCAAUAAAUGUUAACGAGGAGAUCACCUACGACUACAAGUUCCCCAUCGAGGACGAGAAGAUACCAUGCCUCUGUGGUGCAGAAAACUGCAGGGGAACCUUAAACUAACCCCCAACGUAUAGGUGAGAACUAUUUUAAAAACAUGCACUGCCUAUCAACAAGCCCAGACGCCCCAUCUUCUGGAGCUACAGAGGAAAUAGUGGGUGAAAUCCAACACAUCCACUGGAUAUAUCGUGCAGCUAAGUGUCUGGGACUUCUUUUUUGUACUUUUUCAUGAUUGUUUACGAAUUACAGGUGCUCUUUCAAGCAUAAAAAUGAGUUUUGUACCACUCUUCCAUUGACCUCUUUGGAAAUGGACUUAAUUUUCCCCCCAAAUAUUUGGGCACUCACUUUGUUGUCUGCCCAUUUGGCACAGUUUGUCUUUGCCGUGGAGCUCCUGCUCCUCGUUAGUCCCCUUCUGUUCUGCAGUUUGGUUAUGGAGAGACCUCCCCGUCCCUGAACUUGGACCCCAAACACUUUAAGCUGCUCACGUCUGUCCCACGGGCACAAAAUUCAGUUUUAAUUCAGUUUUGUUCUCCCAGCCCAACUUGCAUGAAGUUUAGUUUAUUUUUGGACUUCACUGUAACAUGCCCACAAGGUUUAGCAUUUAUUGUGACACUAACCAUUGUUGGGGGAAUUGGGUCAAUUGUCUUCAGUUUGCAGAACAUUCAACAAAAGCACACCUGUGCCGGCCACAAAACAAAUCAGUAGAAAAGAUCCGCAGCUCAGGCAAAUUUACACAAAGCGAAACGCUCCUACGAUAUUUCAGCCUAGUGCUGCAUGUGGCACUUACUGACUGGACCUUCCUUAAAGGAUGAAAGCAAAUCAAACAGUACACUACACUUUAUUUCAUUUAUUCAAGGCAUUUUUACAACCAUUUCUGCCAUCUUUGGAUUUGAACGUGUCUGCUGCCCUCUAGCUUUUGUAAGGUGCAAAGACCGAAAGCUGCUUGUCUUCAAUCAGAUUCCACUUUAAAGUUGUACAGCUUAGUAUUAACUCUGCGUUUGUCAUGUCAGCUCACUAUUUCAGCAGAUAAACAUGCAGAGGUCCAAUUGGGUUCAUGCAUAUUCAGUCACUAAUGCUGAAUUUUCUAUUAUGGAGCGAAUCUCACCAACAUGAUGCUGCUAUUCUGCAAACGUAUGUUCCUAAUUUUCUCCACCAGUUCACUUUAAGAUGGCGAAAUUUCAGCAUGGGUUUUCAUAGUAUUUGAAGUUCUCUGUGAGUGCGGUAACUGGCGCACAGCACUGAUGCUUUUCAAAGAGGUUGCCCAGGCACCAAUUCAACUAAUAAAUCUAGUCUAAGUAGAUGCACCGAUGUUUAGGAUAUCAGACCCUGGAGUAUUAGGUCCGUCGAUCUGAAACCUUCAGCAGUGGACCCAGAAAAUCAAGUAUAAGUUGAAUAGAGUGCCAAAUAUGUACUUUAAUGUGUCACGGCUCUAAAGGCAAACCCUCUUCCAUUUGUCUCCUCCUAUGUGUGUGUGUUUGUACGAAUGACCUAAGUUCACUGGUACUUCGGGCGACCCAUUUGAGGUCCUUCUGCAUUUUGCUCAGUAUUUAACCAUCAAAAAGUUUGAAAAGCUAUUACAUCCUCAUUCAGCCAAAUUUCCCUUUGAAAGCAGAAGACUUUCAGAUCUGCAAGGCAGCAUGGUCACUGUGCUUGUCUUUGUGAUUUGGUUAUGUUUAUAAAUGCACUAGAGGCUUCCAACCUCCUAUCAGGCCAAAUGGCACUCAUAAGACCAAGCUAUGAAACGUGUCCUUUUGCAUUAGUUCACUCACAGGGUAAGGUCUCCCCUCUUUUUGAGAUUUUUCUUUUUAAAUAUGUUUAUAUUGUAUAGGAUAAUAAUGGUUUGUAUAAAGGAAUGAGACUUUUUUUAUCAUGAUGGGGAGUGAUGAUGCAUCGUUCUGCUUUUAUGAGCGACAAAUGGAGUAUUUAAAAUGAAUAUUUUUCAGGGAUCAUUAUAUGAAAAAGGGGUUGAAUAGCUAAUUUAAAGAAAAUGAUGCAUCUUGUACAUAAAACAGAUUUGUACUUCCUUUUGAAAGAUUGUUUCUUGUAGAAACGUCUUUUUUCUGCCCAUUUUCCUUUGGAUUCUUAUGUGUAAAUACUCUAACUGUGAAUAUAUAAAUAUAAAUAUAUAUAUAUAUUUUUGUUCCUGAGGAUUUGCUACAGCGUCACAGCUCAGAAAGGUCUAUCUGACAGUGAGUACAGAGAGCUGGUGGCAGUAUUUUCAGCUUGUGUCAAGCUUUACUUUUUAUUUUUGGUUGUAAAUUCUAUGAAAAUCUGUUUGCAGUGUGGGGGGAAAGCAUUAUCAUUCAGAAAUGGCAAGGGACAUUGGUGAAAUUGACCUUUAUCCCCUGUCUAUUUAUUAUACCACAAUCGUAUGGAAAAAAAGA